UUUCUACCCCCCUCCCCCUCCGUCUCUGACCGCACAACAUGAUAUCAAUAAUUUCACUCUGCUCCUACAUCUGCCUCACUCAUCACGUUAACUUCUUUGUCGUUGACAACACUUGACGCUUGUCGGCUCCACUACAAUGGAGGGCCUAUCCAUCGCCAGCUUAGCCGACAUCACCCUCACUUUCUUGCUCUUCCUAAUCAAGUUGAUCAAGCUAGCCCUGGAGAUCUACGAGACCGGAAAGAUAGCUGACAACGAGAGACUUCAGAAGGAGAUCUACGUCCUGACGGGAAUGGUUAAGUGUCUGCAGGAGCGAGCAGUGACCGGCGAUAACCCGCUCACGGACGAAGAACGGAUCCUGCACGUCCUCUGCAACGAGUGCAAUGCCGCUUCGAACCAACUCCAAUCCAUGCUAGAUAAGCUACAAAACGCAGGAGGCAAAGGCAAGAUGUUUUGCAAGAACGUGUGGAAGAGCCGCGCCAAAAAGAAGCUCGAAGUUAGGCUCAACCAGUGCGGAGACGAGCUUACAUCGUUUGUCACUACAACAAAGAGCGCGGAAAUCCAACAAAGGCUAGAUGAUAUCAAGCGGAGCGACGGAAUUUAUGCGGCCAGACUAGAGUCUCUCACCACGGAGGUUUCCACGCUCGGCUCCGAAAUGGCUCGCCACAUCCACGACCUGGGUCUCCUACUUGGGAUAGGCAAUCGGAUCCGGCAGGGGGUGCAAGCCAUCGGGACGCGGAUGGUCCAGAAUGGUGCCCAGGUGCGGGCCCUCUCGAUUCUGAAUCGAUUGGCCUUCGACGGCAUGCAUACCCGCUAUGAAAGCCUGGCAGACGCUGAAGCGAACAGCUUCCGGUGGCUCAUCGAUGCCGAUGUGCCCCUGGACGACAGCCCCCUCCAGUAUCAAGCGCGCGAGGCCUUUCUGACCUGGCUCAGGGAGGGUCAGGGGAUCUUCCAUAUGACCGGGAAGCCCGGCGCUGGGAAAUCAACUCUCAUGAAGUUUUUAUCGGACAACAUGCACGGGCGUCUGCAGGCCUGGUCCAGCCCGAAGACGGUGCUCCUGGGGAAAUUCUUCAUCUUCAAGCCCAACGCGCAGUCUGAGGGGGCCAUGCGCGACUUCUGUAGAGGGCUGUUGCAUUCGCUUCUCGGUCAGGCCCAUGAGCUGAUACCAAUCAUCUUUCCGCAGGAGUGGGAGGGCGAUCUCCGAACUGAAGAUGAAAAACUCAAUCCCUCCCAGGUGCAAUGCGCUCUCACUACGCUGCGUACCCUUGACGAUAUCUACAUCAAUCACCGCCUGGUCAUCUUCGUUGACGGUAUUGGUGAGUUCAUGGGUUACCAGAAAGAUCUGUGCCUGCUCCUGAAGGAGUGGGCGCAGCUCAGGCCUCACGGCGUGAAGAUCUGCGUCUCGAGCCGGGAGGACCAGGAUAUCCACAGAACGCUGGAACCAUCCGCCACGUUGCGUCUCCAGGAUGUGACUUUCCCCGAUAUUCUCGCCGUGGUGCAUGAUCGACUAACGAAAAUCACCAACUACGACACUAUCGACACCCCGCGAUGGCGGGCCUAUCUGGAAUGGUACAUUGCGGAGCGUUCGGAGGGUGUCUUCUUGUGGGCCGCCUUGGUUCCCCGGAGACUUGCAGACAAAGUGAAAGAUGGGUAUAGCGCACGCGACCUGGUCAAUGCGGUCGACUCCCUGCCUCAGAGCCUGGAUGACCUCUUCCAGAAUAUCCUGGCGUCGAUGCGCGACAUGCGGACGACCUGGGCAUUUGCCCUGCUCCAGAUGGUGCUUCUCUGCCGUCGACCAUGGCCCUUGUCUCGCUUCUCGUUUCUUUCUGACUAUCUUCAGGACCCAUAUUUUACUCGCAAUUGCACUUUUUCCCGGCGGGAAACAGCCCGGAUGAUCUCCGGGCACGAUUGAUCAAGGUCAAGGACAUGAUUAACCGCCAUUGCCAUGGCCUGCUCGAGAUCCACGCGAAACAAAUAGACAGAACCCUCGUGGUCGUUUUUACCCACCGGUCCGCCUUCGAUUACCUCUCCCAGAACGCGGACCUCGUUGCCGGAUUUGCCGCCUUCCCCAAGGGGCACGAUGCGUUCGAUGCCUUGUGUCAGACGAUGCUGGCUGAUCUCUGUGCCACGUUGACACCCUCC